AUGUUUCAAACGGCGGAACAAUUUGCUGACCCAGUAUUACUCAGGGCUGAAUUAGGUCGCGCGACAUGGAAGUAUUUCCACACCGUCAUGGCAAGAUACCCUGAAAAGCCCACGGACGACCAGAAGGAGGCACUGCGGUCGUAUAUCUACCUAUUUGCACGGUUAUAUCCUUGCGGAGAAUGCGCCGAGCACUUCCAGCAACAUUUGCACAAAUACCCGCCUCAGGUAUCAUCCCGCAACGCAGCUUCGGGCUGGGCUUGCUUCAUUCACAACGAGGUCAAUGCGAUGCUUGAUAAGCCUGAAUUCGACUGUGCCAAUCUAGGUGAUUUCUACGACUGUGGCUGCAAUGGGGAUGAGGAAGAAGCUGGCAAGAAGCCAGCCCCGCAGUCUGAUGCAGAGGGCACGGAUCAUGAUGGCCCCGCUGUGGAAAUCUCCAAAGAAGCGACUACCCGCGGUUGA